GGAAUUUUCUUAACAGGGAAGGACAACUUGAUCUUGACUAACUUUGUUGAAAUAAUAAGCCAAUGAUCAACCUACUGUCUGCCAUAAGUUCCAUAACCUUCUUCAGAUCUUUACACUUCAACCCACAAUGAGUUUCCUCUGCAUUCAUGUUUUCACAAUCUUUUUGUUCUCGUUCUGUUCUUUGAUUCUAGCUCAGCAACCAUAUGUGGGAAAGGCCACAACAAACUGUAGCAACACAGAUAUUUCAACUUCUGUCCUUGGCUACUACUGUAAUCGCCAAAAGGACCAAAACCACAGUUGCCAAGCCUACCUCACAUUCAGAUCCCAACCCCCUUAUAAUUCUGUUUCUGCCAUCUCUGCUCUCUUGGCUUCUGACCCAUCUCAGCUCUCUCAAAUUAAUUCAGUUUUCGAGAAUGCAACAUUUGAAACUAACAAGCUUGUGCUGGUUCCAGUCAACUGUUCAUGUUCAGGUCAGUACUAUCAAGCAAACACAACUUAUGUUAUCAAACAUACUGAUACAUAUUUUUUGAUUGCUAGUAACACUUACCAAGGUCUUUCAACCUGUCAAGCUCUCAAGAAUCAAAACAAUAUUCAAACUAAAAAUUUAUAUUCUGGUACAAGAAUAACUGUUCCUCUUAGAUGUGCUUGUCCUACAAAGAACCAAACUGCUAUGAGUGUCAAGUAUUUAUUAAGUUACUUGGUCUUUGCCGGUGAUUAUGUUUCAAGCAUUAGUAAUAGAUUUAAUGUAAACACUGAGAGCACUCUUGAGGCUAAUGGGCUUUCCGAACAAAACUCCGUUAUCUAUCCCUUCACCACGCUUCUGGUUCCGCUGCAAGACCGCCCAUCAAAUUCUCAGACAAUAGCACCACCACCGCCGCCACCAUCACCAACAGCAUCACCACCUCCAACUUCCUCAAAUAAAAGCUCAUGUAAAAUAUGGUUUUACGUCCUUGUUGGGGCUCUUGGAGGAAGUUCUCUUGUAUUGGUCUUUGGUGCCAUAUUGUUCUAUGCAUUCCUCCGUAGAAGUAAGAAGAAAUCUGAUUCCACUAUUGUCUCAGAUGGCUUCAAGGCAAUUGAGAAACCAAAACCAAAAGAGGCUGAGGAAGAAUCUGAGGACUUCUUAAAGAUCAUAUCUAGUAUUGCUCAAUCCCUCAAAGUGUACAAGUUUAGGGAACUCCAGGAUGCAACAGAUGGUUUCAGUCCUAGUUGUUGGAUUGAAGGCUCUGUUUAUCGUGGCACGAUUGAUGGGAAUUUGGCAGCCAUUAAGAGAUUAAAUGGAGAUGUGUCAAAAGAGAUAGAUUUAUUGAACAAGAUCAACCACUCUAAUAUCAUACGCCUUUCUGGCGUCUGUUUUAAUGACGCUCAUUGGUAUCUUGUUUAUGAAUAUGCUGUCAAUGGACCCUUGAGUGAUUGGAUCUACAACAACAGCAAUGAUGGAAAGAUUUUGAGCUGGACACAAAGAAUACAGAUUAUAUUUGAUGUAGCCAGUGGACUUAACUAUCUUCAUAGCUUCACUACUCCUUCCCAUGUCCACAAGGAUAUAAAGUGCAGCAACAUUCUUUUGGACACAGAUUUCAGGGCUAAGAUUGCAAAGUUUGGUCUAGCAAGGACAGCAGAAUGGCAGGAAGGCCAAUUUUCCUUGAAAAGUCACAUUGUUGGGACAAGAGGUUACUUGGCUCCUGAGUAUUUGGAAAAUGGUAUUGUGUCCACAAAGCUUGAUAUCUAUGCAUUUGGGGUUCUCGUGCUGGAAAUUAUGACAGGGAAAGAGGUUGCUGCUUUGUAUGAGGAGGAAAAUAUGCAAUUAUCAGAUGUCUUAAAUGCUGUGCUUCAUGAGGAUGGACAGGAGAGACUGAGACACUCUAUGGAUCCUUCACUACUAGGGAAUUAUCCUUCAGAACUUGCGGUUUUUAUGUUCAAACUGAUUGAUAGUUGCUUGAAGAAAGAUCCAGUAGGUCGACCAGCCAUGGAUGAGAUUGUGCAGUAUGUCUCAAGAACCUUGAACACUUCACUGACAUGGGAAUCAUCUAAGAGCAUAGCAGGGUAACAGAGUUUCCGUGGAAGCUCUUAUGUCACAGAAGUUGAAACAGUAUCAAUCAAAUACUAUGUAUGUUGUACUGAUUAUCCUUCCACUAUAUAAGUUUAUCUGAUUUGCUAAAUUGAAACCGUAUAAUUUUAAAUUGCUUUAUUUUCUAAGAAAUAUAGCAA